GUUUAUUUUUUUUUGGGGUGGGGGGGUCAUGGUUUCUAUUCAGACGGGGAAUGCUGUUUUUUCCCCACCACUCUUAAUUAAUAAAUAAAUAAACUUUUUUUUUUACAAAGCAGAAUCACAACUGUGAAGUUUCUUAAUUAUGUUUGCAUUUAUUUAAUGAAUAAUAAUAAUAUUUGUAGCAUUAUUAUUAUGGUAUGGUGUUUUGCUUCACUCAUUCUGAGUAGUUCCGGGUUCUACUGUUGCUCCAAUAUCGAGUUCUUCAUAUAUUUUCUCUAAAUCUGGCUUUAUCUUUAUUUAUUUAUUUUUUUUAGCUUGUCUGGCGCACCCUAUGCGCCGGGCUCCUGACACCCUUCCUCGCUCAGUUCACAUCGCGUCACACCUGGUCGAAAAAGUUACAGAAAUUAAAACAAAAGUUGUUGUUUUUUUUUUUUGCGUGCUACCCCUUUAAGACGCGACCAUCGCCACGCCCCCGCGUCUCAUUAGCAUAUCGAAUCGAUCGAAACGUUCCAUGAGGGCCGCGAAGAGCCAAUGAGAGGCCGGGGGGCGGGACUUCCUGGUGCGGGUCUCUCUGUCAACAGUGAGAUGCUUGUGAGGCUUUCUGAAGGAAAGGAAGAGAGGAAAAAAGAGAGUGAACGAGGAAAGGGGAAAAAAAAAGAAGAGAGACGUGUUUGAGUCUUUUAAAAACUCGCAAGAGAAGUGCAAAAUUAAAACAUGGAGCCCGUACGUGACAGCGUUUCUACAGCAUCGAGUCCUGUGCAAGACAUCUGCAUGGACAUCGGAGGGGAAACUUGCCUUUCUUAAGAGAGUUUCUGUGAUUUAAAAAGAUUAUUUUUUUUGGCUUUGGCUUUUUUUUUUUUUUUGAAGACGGACAAGAAAAUAUUCGCAUAUUGCUCAACCGAUCGCUCGAGUUUAUUGGUUGCAAAAAAAAAGUUGGAUUUCAUGUUCUUUCUUGGACAAAAAAACAAAAUAAUUUUCAUGUUUGAAUAAGAAGAUGUGUCUUAGCAAAUAUUAUUAUUAUUAUUAUUAUUAUUAUUAUUAUUAUUAUUAUUAUUAUUAUUAAACACAACGUUGCUUCUGCUGGUCGUGUUUAACCAAACUGGUUUGAAAUCAGCCCCGAGUUCCAGAAUUAGCGUAAGACGACAAACUAAAACAAAAAGUUGCAAAAACAGGAUAUCAAAAACAUCUAAUAGAAUCUGUAAGUUAAAAACGACGUUUCCGUGCAAUAAUAACACUAAAGCACGUAGGAGGGCUAAAUAUUUGCAUGUAGGGUUGUGGGUACACAGAAUAUUACUGUAACUUUAUAUUUGAAUGCUCGUGUUUUUUUUUAAUUUAUUUUUUAAUUUUAUUACAAUUUAGAGAGUUUAUUUUUGAUGUUAUUAAAGGAUUAAAUAAAAAAAAAAUAGAUUUUUUUUUUUUCCAAUCUGAAUUAUGUGCAACUGUAAAAUCCCCGAGGGAGUUGUGGACUUGGGACGCAGAGCAGAAGGGGGGGGUCUAUAUUAUAAUAUAUUAUAAUUAUACAUUUGUGAUCGAGUGUCGUAAUAAUUAUGUAAUACUGCACUACCAACAGCAAUCGCUAAUGUAAUCGCUGUUAGUCUUGCUGGCAAAGCACAUUGUCAAGACUAGACUGCUAUACCAGCGUUGGUCCUAAUUUCUAAUCCUGCCAUAUAUUUUAAUAUUUAAAAAAUAUAUAUAUUUACAACUACACUUUCAUGUUAAGGGUAGAAGAGCCUAAUAUCUGUGUGUUAUUUAAACAAGAGAACUAAACCCGCAUUUGAUAACAGAAACUGAUUGGUGUUGUGUCAGUCUGAAUGCAAGUAUUUUAUGUCAUAUUGUAUUUAUCUUUAAAGACAGGAAACAAACAAAAUCCAUACGUAAAUACUGUAGAGGCGUUGCUAAGGCAACAUUUAAAGAUGCAAUGAUAUCUGAAAAUAGAAAUUAAAAACUCGUUUUAAACUGACAAUAAAGCCACGCUAUUAUUAUUAUUAUUAUUAUUAUUAUUAUUAUUAUUAUUAACAAUAACAUAAUAACCUGAAACAGUUUGUUGAAUUGAUACACGAUAAAGUUUCAGUACGUACAAUAAUGAUGAUUUCUGAUUUUAAAAAAUAUAUAAAAACUGUACGGUUUCCUAACAUUUGUGCAAUAAGUUAUACGCAAGACCAGAAUUCUAAUAAUAUUUUUUGAAAGGCAGAUUAUUAUUAUUAUUAUUAUUAUUAUUAUUAUUAUUAUUAUUCUUAUUAUUAUUAAUAUUGUUGUUGUAAUGGCUCUGGUAUAGACUUACUUAAGGGGGUACUAUAUGGGACCAAACCAGCACAGAAAAAAUAAAGUGUUUGUGGAAGUUGCAUGAAGGUUUUUGGGGGGUGUGUUUGUUUUGUUUUUUUUAUCACGGAUGUUUUUUUUUUUGUUUUUUUUUUAACUCUCAAUAUUUACCGUUUUAUUUUUUUCUAUAACGGUCACUGAGGAGUUUAGUUUAUUGGAUAUAUAACUUAAGUUCAGACGCGAGAUUUGGACUCGGAACACUCAUAAUUAAUAACCUUAUUAGUUCAGUUUUUGUUUUGUUAUUUUAUGCAAGGAAGUGACAUUUAAUAAAAAAGGGGGAAGACUUUUAUUUUAAAAAAAAUGAGCGGCGGGAAGAAAAAAAGCGGUUUCCAGAUCACCAGCGUUACCUCGGAAUUUGAGAAGAAGAACGGAACCGGGGAAUUAACACGAAAUGAUAACUUAUCUCCUGAAUCCAACGGACCCACUAUGUUAUUAACCCCGAAACUGGAAAGCACCAGCCCGCUUAACUGUUACGCGGGAGGCCCGGCUUCUCGCAGUGCCUCGCCCGGCCCUGUUGCCACGGCAACGCCGGACCCCUCCAUAGCAACCAACGCGACCGGCGCCCCUCAGAACCGAGGCGCCCCCCGGAGAACUGACCGCGACGGGGCGGGAAACUCAGGACAGGCCGAGGACUCGGCAGCAGCGGGCCCGCAAACGCAGGGACUUUCGAAAACAAAAAACAACCAGAAACCGACAGCCGGCGGUUACAACGGCUCCGCCGCGCCUUCGUUGCUGUGCCCCCGUUUGGCUGGUAAAACGCUGCCCUGUUUUUCCGCCCCGAACACCCCGACCCAAGCCAGGAGAGGACAGCCCGCUCUCCCAACCGCUGCAAACGAAGCAGCCGCGGCCAGCUCUCCCUCCUCGCCGCCCGGGACGCUCCUGCCCCCGCUGGCCUUGCCUCUUACUUCGCCCACGGGCUGUCGUUUCCGACUGGUCAAGCUGGACCACGGGCUGCGGGAGCCCUACAAGCGAGGGCGGUGGUCCUGCGUGGAUUUUUACGACCGGGACAGCCUGCGACACGCACACUCGCUGGAGUCUUUGGACGGGCUGGGCUUGGCGAGCAGCGCCGCCGACAGCAAGCGCCACCACAAGCCGCUGUUCAUGACGCCCACGCCGAACCAGCACCACCUCGUCCACUCCCAGGGCACGACGCAUGUGCUGGCUCCGAACCCGCACCCCGCGACCCCUUCCAGGGCGCCCCAAAACAUCACCCCGCCUCGCUCUCCGAAGGGAGCCGCCAGCCGGGGGCUCUGGAGUCCGCCCACCUGUCUCCGGUCUCCCGUCUCUCUGUCCUUGGCAGGGGAGCUCAUCAAUUCAACAGAGUCUAAAAACGUCGAUCAGGCGGAGCGAGGGAGGAAGAGUGCCAGGAUGGACUGCGGUUCGCGGAGCGGCUCGCCGGCGCCCCCUCUGGUCAGUGCUGGAAGUCCGGGCAGGAGGUCUCUGGAGUGCAGGAUCCACAGCCCAGCCUGCUUCAGCUUUGCUCAGUCCAUGUUUGGUGUGGGGACCAGUUUCGAUAUUGAUGACGAGGGUGGUUCAGGUAACAGCAUGGUUGCCAUUGACAACAAGAUCGAACAAGCCAUGGACCUUGUGAAGAGCCACCUGAUGUUCGCGGUUCGCGAGGAGGUCGAGGUUCUGAAGGAGCAGAUCAAGGAGCUGGCAGAGAGGAACUCUGUCCUGGAGAGAGAGAACAGCCUGCUGAGAGCCAUCGCCUCCCCAGAGCAGCUGAACCAACUGCAGGGAGAGAGAGGAUCCACCAUCGCCUCCCCAGAGCAGCUGAACCAACUGCAGGGAGAGAGAGGAUCCACCAUCGCCUCCCCAGAGCAGCUGAACCAACUGCAGGGAGAGAGAGGAUCCACCAUCGCCUCCCCAGAGCAGCUGAACCAACUGCAGGGAGAGAGAGGAUCCACCAUCGCCUCCUCAGAGCAGCUGAACCAACUGCGAGGAGAGAGAGGAUCCACCAUCGCCUCCCCAGAGCAGCUGAACCAACUGCAGGGAGAGAGAGGAUCCACCAUCGCCUCCCCAGAGCAGCUGAACCAACUGCAGGGAGAGAGAGGAUCCACCAUCGCCUCCCCAGAGCAGCUGAACCAACUGCGGGGAGAGAGAGGAUCCACCAUCGCCUCCCCAGAGCAGCUGAACCAACUGCAGGGAGAGAGAGGAUCCACCAUCGCCUCCCCAGAGCAGCUGAACCAACUGCAGGGAGAGAGAGGAUCCACCAUCGCCUCCCCAGAGCAGCUGAACCAACUGCAGGGAGAGAGAGGAUCCACCAUCGCCUCCCCAGAGCAGCUGAACCAACUGCGGGGAGAGAGAGGAUCCACCAUCGCCUCCCCAGAGCAGCUGAACCAACUGCGGGGAGAGAGAGGAUCCACCAUCGCCUCCCCAGAGCAGCUGAACCAACUGCAGGGAGAGAGAGGAUCCACCAUCGCCUCCCCAGAGCAGCUGAACCAACUGCAGGGAGAGAGAGGAUCCACCAUCGCCUCCCCAGAGCAGCUGAACCAACUGCAGGGAGAGAGGGGGGCCGAGACCCCUAGAGACAGCCCCAAGAGUAACGGGAACACGACCAGUAAUAAUAAUAAUAAUAAUAACAAUAAUAAUAAUCAUAACAUUGACAGCAGCAGCAGCAGCAGCACGGCACCCUUGGUUUGAGACAGACCUCACUACCUUCCUCCCCCCCACCCACCCAAAAUCUACCAACCCUUCCCUGCCUGCCCCGCGUCCCAGUCCCCCAUCACCUUGAAAAAUCUACUGCCAAGCUAAAAUCUUACCAAGGAAAUCUCCUGCCGGAUUAAAACAAAGAACUGACUGAGUGGAGGGGUUUUGGCGCCCCCUGCUGGACACAGCGAUGAACUACAACAGGAUUUCAUACUAUAGGAUUUUGAAGGGAGUAGUAAGGGGGUGUGAGGGGUUGGGGGGCGCGGAACGUGAUUGUGAAGCCGGAUUUGGGGAGCUCAUACAGCAGGCAGGGACCUAGAACAACCUGCGACUGUUCAUUUUGCCAGUGCGACACAAUUAUAUAUAUUAAUGUAUCAAUGAAAUGGUAUUUUGUGAAAAGGUUUUGCCUGAUUGUAACUGUGCCAGCGAAUAAUGUGCGACGCGUCCGAAAGCCGUGCAGCUUAAAAUUGAUACCUCAUGUCAUAAUGAAGCCGGGAUUAAGUGAAUCCGUUCGGUAACGUGUUUGAUUUCAGAACCACAAAACCUGUCCUUCCCUCACCUUUACAAUUGCCAAUCCGUGGCGAUCGCAAGAGACUUUUCCUCUCACCCGGGGGCUGUGAACGGACAGUCUGAGAGUGCGAUUAUCAGCAGCCCUGUCUAUUAUUAUUAUUAUUAUUAUUAUUAUUAUUAUUAUUAUUAUUAUUAUUAUUAUUAUUAUUAACUAAAUGGUCACUCUUUUUGGUCCGAGGGAUCGGUGCAUUGAAUGUUUUAAACAUGCUAUUAAAACAUUUUCAUACCAGGAGGUUCAAAUCCCGGCUCAGCCACUGACUCCCUGUGUGUGCGUGCGUGCGUGCGUGUGUGUGUGCGUGUGUGUGUGUGUGUGUGUGUGUGUGUGUGUGUGUGUGUGUGUGUGUGACCCUGAGCAAGUCGCUUCACCUCCUUGUGCUCCAUCCUUCAGAUGAGACACAAAACAAACGAGCUCCUAUUGGAAGUGACUCUGCAGCAGCAGCAGCAGCAGUUGUUGAUGAUGCAGAGUUCACCCCCCUAGUCUCUGUGAGUCGCUUUGGAUAAAAGCGUCUGCUAAAUUACUCAUUAAUAAUAAUAAUAAUAAUAAUAAUAAUAAUAAUAAUAAUAAUAAUAAUAAUAAUAAUCAUCAUCAUAGUAAGGAUGUAUUUCUUAUUAAUUAAUGUGAUGCAUUUUAAAACUCCAUUGCAAGAUAAUGCCGUGUGUUUGUUAGACAGAACCACGGUCGAUUUGAACUGUGCUGCACCACUCCCAACAUUACAAGAGCAAAAUACAUGCAUGUAAAGCACAGAGAGGUGUGGUAAAGCAUAGGGAAGCAUUGUAAAGCACAGAGAGGUCUGGUAAAGCAUAGGGAAGCAUUGUAAAGCACAGAGAGGUCUGGUAAAGCAUAGGGAAGCAUUGUAAAGCACAGAGAGGUCUGGUAAAGCAUAGGGAAGCAUUGUAAAGCACAGAGAGGUCUGGUAAAGCAUAGGGAAGCAUUGUAAAGCACAGAGAGGUCUGGUAAAGCAUAGGGAAGCAUUGUAAAGCACAGAGAGGUCUGGUAAAGCAUAGGGAAGCAUUGUAAAGCACAGAGAGGUCUGGUAAAGCAUAGGGAAGCAUUGUAAAGCACAGAGAGGUGUGGUGUGCUAUGGGAGAAGCCUCUUAAUACCUGGUCUGGUUUCUAUGUACAUUAUAAUGGGGUUGUGAUCCAGGAUUGUGUCAGAGUGACUCUGUGCUGCCACAAGAGAUCGGUACUGUGUUUUUUAUAGGGUAAAGCUAUUUAAAAGUAUGUGCAAUUUUAAAAAAAAGAUAUUAUUAUUAUUAUUAUUAUUAUUAUUAUUAUUAUUAUUACACGGUACAGAUCACGGCAAUAUUGCGGGGAAUUUUUUUUUUAAAAAACACGAAAAUGUUGCUAACUUUUUGGUAAUAAAAAACAAGGUUUUUUUUUUUUUUUUACUAAAUAAUAUAAAAGUAUAUUAAAUGUAUAAAGUUUAUGUAUAAAUAAAAUGUAAAAAAAAAAGAAACAAACUAAUAAAUAACUAUUUACUGAU